AGUGACAGCCAGAGCCAACAAGACUACAUUGCCUGGUAUCUCCUCAGCUAUUUUUCCUUGGCCUAGCUGAGAAAACCAUAAAGGUUUAAAAUGAGCCUCACAGAUAUCCUAAGCCCUUCUGAUAUUGCUGCUGCUCUGCGGGACUGCCAAGCUCCAGAUUCCUUUAGUCCCAAAAAAUUCUUUCAGAUCAGUGGGAUGUCAAAAAAGAGUAGUAGCCAGCUCAAGGAGAUCUUCCGGAUUCUCGACAAUGAUCAAAGUGGCUUUAUUGAGGAAGAUGAGCUCAAGUAUUUCCUUCAGAGGUUUGAGUGUGGAGCCAGAGUGCUGACUGCCUCCGAAACCAAGACCUUCCUGGCAGCUGCAGACCACGACGGGGAUGGCAAAAUUGGGGCUGAAGAAUUCCAGGAAUUGGUGCAGUCUUAAAAGUUCCGAAUGACCAAAUAAGAGAGAAUUGGGAUGAAUCUCCAUGGGAAACUGCAAACCCUGGAAAUCAGCACUCCCUUCUGCAUUGAUCUCCAUCGUAGCUGUUAUUUACUCACUGCAUUAGAAACAUAAUGAAACACUGAUUUUUUUUCAUCGUGUGGACCAUUCACUCUGUUCUGAACUCUGCUUUCCCAGAAAUUCCCCUUAAAAAUACUCAAUAAAAAUUCAUCACA